UUCCCAGGGUUGUGAAGGCCAGGACACCGUCGCGGGAGGGACUGCCCGGCCCUGGGGUAUAAAAAAAGACCUGCUGAGACCCUCAGGAGGAGGUACUUGCAUGAGAGACGGUGUCUGUGUCUUCCUCACUCCUACCUGGCUCCACUUCCCCUCAGCCCUCCGAAAAAUUUCAUCAAGGCGGUCCUCUCCUGCUGCAAUCCCUGACACGACAUCUAGUUGGAAUUGGUCUCCAACCUGUGAAGAUUCCCCACCUUGAACAUUCCCUGUUCACUGAACUCAGCCCUUUAUCCUUCAAUUAGACGGGAGUAUGGAAUCAGGGAAGAGCUUCUCUCUGUCUUGGCCAGAAGAUGGCGCGGGGGCUCCAAGUGCUGCUCCCAGUGGCGUUAGAAGAAAAUCUUGUGGGAGAGAAAUUGCUGGGUGGAGGGGUGCACGGAGGUGCCACCUGCUGGGGUCUCCCCUUCCGCUUUCCCGUGGACAUCCCUGGCCAGCUGGAGACUCCCGUGCAGAAGCCACCCUCUUGGGCAGAGGGGAGGCCGUUGGCCCCUCACCUUCCUGUGCUGGGCCUGUCUGCUCCAGUCCUGCUGUGUGGCUCAGCCUGCUGCCCAGAGAUGGUGUCAUUGAAGGACGUGGCUGUGAACUUCCCCUGGCAGGAAUGGGAAGACCUGAAUGAUGCUCAGAGGACCCUGUACCGGACAUUUGUUACCAAUCCUGAGGAGAGCAUCAGGUUGGAGAAGGGAGUAAAGCCAUGGACUGUGGAGGAAGCCCCAAGCCAGAACCUCUCAGUCAUCUCUUCUCAUGACAUCCAAGUCCUCAUGCCAUAGUCAGGCACAGAAGAUUUGCUUCCAGAUAUGGAACUGGGAGGAGAUGGAAUCUGUGCCUUUGAGAAUUUGCAAUUAGUGGAAGACCAGACACGCCAAAGAUCAAUUGAAGGGCAGAACAUUUGUUGCAAUGAAGAUAGCCAAGCUGGAACAAUGACCCAGAAUACAACUCUUCCCACAAGAAGAGAUCAUGUGUGUGAAAUGUCUUGGGUUAAGCCGCAUUUUAUGUCUGUCCUUUGCAUAGAUAAGGGUGUUUCUGUAAGCAGAUAUCUCUAUCAGAUUUUUAAUAAUACAUAUUCUCUGAGAAGACAGUUAGAACAUGUAGGCUGCCCCAUAGUCCAUCAUGCAAUAAUCAUUCAGUACAUUGUGAAUAUGGGACAGGUGUAUACUUUGAGUCAAAUAGUACUCAACAUCAGAAAUGCGAAUGGGAAGAUAAAAAAAAUCUACUUGGGAUCAUAUUGAGGAGUCCUCAAAACUACUCCAACAUCACACAUUUCAGGAGAAUCCCUGCAACUGUAAAGGACAUGGCAAUGCUAACAAAUGGUGCUCAAGACUCACUCAACAUCAGAGAGAGAAAUGGCACAAAUGUGAAGAGUGUGGUAAAGCCUUUUGUUGGCAUCCACAGCUCACUAAAACAUGUAAGGAUUCAUACUGGAGAAGAGGCUUACACAUGUCCAUGCUGUGGUCAAGCCUUUCUCUACCUGUGUCACCUUUCUGAACACCACAGGGUUCAUAAUGCUGAGAAAACAUACAGAUGUGAAGAAUUUGGGAAAGCCUUUAACCAGCAGUCAAGUCUUACUCAUCGUCACUGAAUUCAUACAAAUGUGAAAGAAAAAGCUUAUAAAUGUGAAGAAUUCAGCAAAGCCUUUAAGCAGAAUGCAAAACUUGCUCAACAUCGGCAAAUUCAUGUAAGAGUGAAAUGUUCAAAAUGUGAAGAAUGUGGCCAACUGUUUAACCGGAAGUCAAAUCACUCUGCACAUCCGAGAAUGCACACUGGGGAGAAACCUGCAAAUGUAAAGUGAUGAGUGGUUUGUACGAAUAGAUAUUUUGCAACCACCAUUUUCAUGCUAGCAUGAUACUUUGAAGAAAUAAAUAUAUGGAAAAUUAAGUUGUCAUAGAAUAAUCAACUCUAAGUAUACAUUUAAAAAUUGCAGUACAAUAAUAAUUCAAAAACUUCACUGAUAUUUAAGUCAGAUAUUUUUAUGGAGCAUAAACCACCAUGAAAGCACUAAGUAUGUAUUAGUAUCAUUUAAAUGUCCAAGAUGAUGUGUUGGGGACCAGUAUAAUUACAUUCCACGUACUUUUUUUCAGUCAUGCUUGAGAUAUUAUGAAGAGGUGAUGAAUAUAAUUCUGCUCUAAAUCAGUUCAUUCUCUGGCUUUGUCCCCUUGUGUAUGUGAAGUCAGGUGUUUGAUUUUUUUUUUUUUUUUUUUGCUGCCUCAAACAUUUGAGAGACUGUCCUAGUUGAUGGAUUUGUUUAUAUCUAUCUUGCAGGGUAAAUUUAGGACAGUAAUGUGCCAUGUAUCAGGAACAUAUGAAUGGACAUGCUGCUUCUGGUUGACUCAAAACAUUGAUCUAAAUCACCAAGAAGGGUUCUGGGCCUUAAUGUUGCCAUUGAAGUCAGACAGAGGAAAAUGUCAAAUCAUAUCACGAUGGACUCCUUGAGGAAAUGCACAGUUUAUUAAAAUUGUGAUGUUUCUUUAUGGAAGUAAUAGAGAGAUGAAUAUUAUUUGAUAUCAUUGCCAAAAGAAAUCUUCACAGACACAUGAUGACAGAACAGGUGACUGUCCCGUACUGGGCAUAGAAUUUGUAUAUGCACAGUAGCUAAGUAAUGACUCUGUUGACCACCAACUUAGGGAUCCUGGCUUCAAAAGAACAAGAAUGCUUCUUAAAUGCCUGCAUUUUUAUUUUCAAUAUGGAGCAUACAGUGAUAUGUAAAUAUUUAGACUAUAUGUGAACCUAAUGCAGGUUUUAAUAAAGUCGAUUGAUUUUUUCCAAAAGAUUUAAUUCAUUCUUUUUCAAAUUUUUAUUUAUUUAUUUUUUAAAAUUUAUUUAUUUAUUCAAGAACUGGGGUACAGUCCAGAUGCACAGGAGGGCGAGAGGAUUCACCAAAGACGGAGUGAGGAACAGAACAGACAUACAGACCGAAGUACACUGUUGAGGGGAGCAGUAGGCAAGACAGGAGAGGUCUGUCCCGCCAUGUGGGUUGCUCCCUGGCCAGCCAGGAAUCAAACUCGUGCUGCAGUGGCUGCGGAUUGCAUCAUAGGUUGCAUGUUAACCCCUGCGCCACCAGGGAGGCCCUGGAUAAAUAACUUGUAGAAGUAUUGCUGACAUAUGAAAUUUCCAUUUUUAUUUCUUUAAGAAAUCUCUGCCCCAUUAUCUGUAGGGACUGUCCAACUCUCAUGGCCACCAGCCAUGGGUGAGAGCUCCCUUUUCCCUGCACCCUCUCCAGCGUUGUUCAUUUCACUCUUUUUUAUUUGGACCAUUCUCAAGUGUUGAGGUGGCAUCUCAGUGUGGUUUUGACAUUUCUCUUACAAUAAAUUAAGGUGAACAUUCCUAUGUCUGUUGGACCUCAGAAUUUCCUCUUUAGCAAAGUGUUUAUUUCCUUUGCCCUUUUCAAUUGACUCAUUGGUUGGUUUUUCGCACUGGGUGGGAACAUUACAAAUUUUGGAAUGAACCCAUUGCCAGAUGUGUUGCAUGUGUUCUAUUCUAUAGGAUGCAUUUCUGUUUCUGUGCUGGUUUCUUUUGAGUUCUAAAAGCUUUUAGAUUUGGUGUUGUCCCACUUGUGAAACUUGGUUUUGUUUCCCUUGGUGUUGGGGUUGUGUUCCCUCGUACAUUUUGCAGCAGCUGUCCCGUAGUGUACCCUUUUAUUUUCUUUCAGUGCUUCAUGCUUUGGGCUCUUAUGUCCAAACUUUUAAUCCAUUUGGAAUUAGUUUUCUGUAUGGAGUUUUUCUUUUAAAGAUUUAUUUAUUUAUGCAUACAAGAUCUGGGGUACAGGCCGGAUGUGUGGGGGGUGAGAGGAUUCAAUAUGUAUCACAACCAGGGACAGAGUGAGGAACAGAACAGGCAUACUGACUGAAAUACACUGGUGAGGGGAACAGCGGGUGAGUCAGGAGAGGUCUGCUUCACCAUAUGGGUAGCUCACUACGUGGGGAUUGAACUCAUGCAGCAGUGGCUAUGGAUACCUUCAUAUGUUGUGCUACCAGGGAGGCCCUGUAUGGAGUUUUGAAUGGGUCUUGGUUCUUAUUUUUUGUAAGUCAUUAUUCAUGUUUCCCUGCACCAUUUUUUUUAAAAUAUGUAUUUAUUUAUUUAUGCAUAGAAGAACUGGGGUGUAGACCAGAUGUUCAGGGUUUGAGAAGAUUUGCCAGAAACACGGAGCAGAACAGGUAGAUCCACUGAAAUACACUGCUCAGGGAAUCAGUGAGAGGGACAGGUGAGGUCGGCUGUGCCACAUGUGGGUCAGCUCUCUGGCCUGGAAUAGCUGUGAUAGCACUGACUCUUAACCCCUAUGGCACCAGGGGGCCCAUCCCAGUAUUAUUUAUUAAAGAGGCUGUCUUGUCUGAAUGGUAUGAUUUUAGCUCCUUUGUCCAAGAUUGAACUCUUCAUAUUUAUAUCAUUUGCUCUCUGGAUUUUUAGUUGCCUUCCAUUGCUCUGAGUUCUGGUUUUGUUCCAGUAAAAUAAUGUCAGGAAAUAUGGUACUUACAUUUUCUUCUUUUCUCCCAAGAUUUUUUUGCUAUUUGGGACCUUCUGUGGGUUCAUUUAAAUGUGGGUAUUGUUCUAUUUCCUUAUAAAAAACGUCCUUGGUAUUUGGUAGGUAUUGCAUAAGUUUGUAAAUUGCUCUAGACAAUAAAGCCAUUUAUGAUGUUAAUUCUCCCCACCUAGGAGGAUGGGACAUCUUUGUAUUUCUCUGUGUCUUUUAUUUCCUUUAAUAGAUUUUUUUUUUA